UCCUCCUGCCCCUCCCCUCCUAUUAGCAGUCAGUUCCUCUCUCCGUCUCUCAGUCCUAAGGUCCCGAGAGGUUACAGUUCUUGUACCAGCAGCAGCAGUAGGGGAAGUACCCCCGGACCUACUGAUACUGAUAUGACUGGAGCUGUUGGUGUCAUAGUCAGUCAUAUUAACUCACCCAGUGAGUUCUACAUUCAGUACACCAGUGACCUUCCAUCAUUGGAUCACUUUCAUUCAGAGCUUAAAGGAGAAUCACUUCAGAGGAUCAGUGGCUUACAAAAAAAUCUGGUCUGUGUUGUAGUCCGUGAAGACUCUUACCGUCGCUGUCAGAUUGAAUCCUCUGAUGAUCACUCCUACCCUUCUGUUCAGCUCCUUGACUAUGGGAACUCUGAAAUAAUCAACGUACACAGUUUGUUCUAUCUCCCGUCAAAGUUCAAGGAUACUCCUCUUUUUGCUCAUAAGUGUCGGUUGGAAGGUAUUGGGCCGAUGUCUUCCGGAAGACAUGACAAGUACCAGAUCACUCCACAAAACGUUUGGAGCCAUUCGGCAAAUUCAUUCUUUAAGAGCGUCUGUGAAGAUAAAACCGAUAUUAAGAUGAAGGUUUUUUCCAAGGAAGGGAAUGUCCUUUUUGUUGAUAUUAUUAUUCCAUCAAGCAGUGGUGGCCUAUCCAUUGCUAGGCAACUCGUCAUACAGGGUAAAGCCAAGAGAUGCAAAAAUCCGAAACCAGAACUUCCUCUACAAGAAUUGCCUCCAGUUGAGCCACUCCCCCUUUGCUCCACCCACAGAGUCUCUAUGAUCACGGCCAGCAGUCCUCAUGACUUUUACGUCCAGCUGUCUACAGAUUCUAACGAUAUGAGAUUAGCUGAUAUUUCAGCAAAAAUAAAAGAAAUCAUAUCACUCCCCAGGGGGUCUUUAAAUUUUCAAAUUGGGUCACUUGUAAUUGCUCCUUACGAAGAUGAAUAUUUUAGAGCAAAAAUUUUGAGUAGGGUCAAAGGUGGUUUCAGGGUUCUAUUCCUUGAUUAUGGUAAUGUUUGUGUGGUACCAAAGAAGACCCUCUAUCCUCUUGAUGAUGUGGCGUUGCUUAACGAACCACCAGCUGCUCUUCACUGCCGUCUUGUUGAUGUGAUAUGGACCAAUGGGUGCCUCUCAUGGCCUGAGGAGGUGUGUGAGUUUUUCCAUAAGAUGACUACUGAUAUUGGCAAAGACCUACUCAUGACGAUAGUACCAGUGUCUACUCCAAAUAAGGAUAGUUCCAUUAUUUCUGUAGCACUGAGGGACAACAGUAUGAGUCUGAUAGGACCUGCACUUAUUAAAAUGGGGAAAGCAUCGUUUGUUUCCGAAUGGUCCAAACCAGCUCUGCCAGUACUUCCCAGUGAAGGUACCAGUAAACCGGCCAUCGUCAGUCACGUGGAGACUCUUACUAAAUUCCACGUCCACUUGUCCUCUAAUGUAGAAACCCUCCAAACGCUAGAGUCAGUCCUUGAUAACCUCCCUCCUCCCCCUCCCUCCUACUACCCCCUGCCUCUCGACUAUUGUCUAGCCUAUUACUCCUCCACCCAUCGGUUCCAUAGAGCUUUCAUAGAGUUUGUACAGGGACGUAAAGUGGGCGUGUUCUUCAUUGAUUAUGGUGAUCGUAAGGAGAUUGAUGUGAGUGACAUUAGACCAAUGUUGGGUGUGGCCCUGACUAUACCAGCAAUGGCACUGCCUUGUUCCCUGGAUGGGUUCGGUGUUGAGAUUGGAGCAGGUGGUGGGGUGGAGCUAACUGAUUCACUUGAGUUCACUGGGAUUGUCAUUGACCAGGAGGUUAACGUUGUAUUCAAGAAAAAGCUUGAAAUAUGUGGCAUUCCACUCUUCAUUGUCGACAUUUUUGUCAAACGAUCUCCUCAACUUAAUCCAGUCAAUGUUCUCUCUCUCCUCCCCAACAUUGCGUCUAAACAGGUCACCAUGGCAACCAAGCCUCCCUCUAGUUCUUCCAGUACGUCUCCGCUGACCCAGUCGCCGUUGGUAACGCCUGACACGUCUUUAAAAACCACGCCCAUCUCGUCUGGGAGGAGCUCUCCCCUGCAUAAAUCAAAGAGCAGGAUACCAGGACGAAAGGCUCCUGUGGAAAUGAAAGGGAGGGCCUCUUAUUUGAAGGAGGUGUGGCCAGAGUUUUCGUUCCAUGCUGUCAUCACGUGGGUCAACGAGAAAGGUUAUGUGUACGGACAGCCAGUCGCUAACAAAGAAUAUUUAAAUGAAGUAGAAGCCUCCAUUGAAGAAGCAGUCUCCAUGUACGGUACAGCUGCUACUGCUGGCACUAAUCCUGACUCGCUGAGUGUAGCUCAAGCCUGUCUCGCUAGAUACAGGUACCAAGAAUCCUCAGACUGGUAUAGAGGUACCAUAUUGAAACUUAAUAAACACAAGAAAACAGCCAUUGUUCAUUUUGUAGACUAUGGUAACACGGAGGAGGUUCCCAUUAAUGACAUCAUUGAUUGUAUAGUGGCCCCACAUGUUCCAAUGUUAGUCCUCAAAUUGAAGAGUUUCAACAAAAGAUACCCGAUAAAUCUUUUAGAAGAAGUACUGAUUGAUAAAGCAGUUGAAGUUCAAGUAGCCAAAGGGGCCCAGGGGUCUGGUGAUAUCCUAGUUACAUUUGACGGUGUAGAAAUUGAGAAAUACUUGUCUACUUUUUAAAAGUAGCAGCUGCCUUUGGUCAUCAUCAUCAUCAUCAUCAUCAUCAUCAUCAUCAACAUUAUUAUUAGUAUUAUUAUUAUUGUUAUUAUAAUCAA